UGGAUGUUGGACUUUCGGAAAAACCUGAGCUUCAACACUUUUUGUUUUCUCUCUCACUUGACCCAACUCUCUCCUCCAACCUCGCCGGCUCUGAUUCCGUUCACAGGCGUGAUCUCCGGCCACUAAAUUUCUGGUUUCACGUGGAAUUGGAGCGCCUGAUUACUUUCUUCUAGGGUUUGGUGUUUGAGCUCGAAGAUUGAAAGGGUUGAUAUACUUCUAGUGCAGGCCAGAGUUGACAUGCGUAGAGUGGAAAUUCAUGUGUGUUGUGUGUGAUUUCUUACGAUGAGAUUUCUACGAUGUUAUCAGCUCAAGAAAAAGGUGUUCCAUCUAUAGAACCCGAGAAAACAAUGCCAGUACCAGAGAAAGCAUCGCAGAGUCCUGAAACGGGUGUCCUGGCCUUGAAAUCUGUUCAGGAAGGAAGCACUCCAUCCAUAAUACGUGAGAAAGUAGCACAGGAUGGAUAUAACUGGAGAAAAUAUGGUCAAAAACUUGUUAAGGGAAAUGAAUAUGUAAGGAGUUACUACAGGUGUACGCAUCCAAAUUGCCAGGUCAAAAAACAAUUGGAGUGCUCUCAUGACAGGCAGAUUGUAGAUAUUGUGUACUUUGGUCAUCAUGAUCAUCCGAAACGUCAUCUUAAUAAUAAUAUCCCAUUGGCUGUUGGCUUUGUUGUGUCCACUGCUGAACAAAGACGUAAAGAGCCACCUUUGACUACUACUGAAGAUGUAUCAAAGAACGAGCGUAGCCUAGCUCUUACAAAAACUGAGCGUGUGGACAUCCCUCCAGUUACAAAUAUUGCAGCUAAUGAUAGUCCUAAGGGUAUUACUCAGUCAAAUAAGAUAAAAGAGGUUAAGAGUGAGGAUGAUCCAGCUUCAAAGCGACAGAAGAAAGACGAACAUGAUCACAAAACCACUUCAGUAGAUAAGCCAAUCAAUGAAGCACGACUGGUUGUUCAGACUCGGAGUGAAGUUGAUAUCGUGAAUGACGGGCAUAGAUGGCGUAAAUAUGGACAGAAAAUAGUAAAAGGCAGUCCACAUCCUAGGAGUUACUACAGAUGCUCAAAUUCCGGGUGCCCAGUUAAGAAGCAUGUGGAGAGAGCGUCUCAUGACGCAAAAGUGGUGAUAACCACAUAUGAGGGAGAACACAAUCAUGGCAUGCCACCCACUAGGAUCGUCACCCAUAAUGUCCCUGGAUCAGGCACAUCUCCAACAGCCAAUGAUGGUGACACGGGCACCAAGUCAGAUGCUCGUGCUCUCUUGGAAGACAAAAGUGAAUCGAAAGAACAUGCCAAUCGUGAGUUAGGAACUAAAUCAGCAGUAAAUGAAACUACUGGCUCUAAUAUAGAAUCUUGCCCGAGUCCCGACAGUAAAACAGUUAAGCAAGAGAAUGGUCUUGAAAGUGGACGACAAAAGCCAGAUUCAGAACCUGUCCAAAGCUGAGUUCAUGAUGCUGAUUACUGAUAGACUUGCCGCAAUUUAUUUGAGACACUAAAUAAUGGUAUGUGUAGAAAGUAGGAACAGACAUGUUGGUGUUAUGGGCUUUUCUUGUUCUACUUUCCCCAUGUAUUAACCAUUUGUUCUUCUUUUCUUGGGUGGGGUGGGGAAGUAGGUGGGAAUGCCGGCCAAUAUGUCGCAUAGAAAAUUGGAUGUGUAUAUCCUGAUGAUGUGUAUAUUAUUUAUGUGAGUUACACAAGUAUAGCGAUUUUUAUUACAUCUAGCGCAGCUGAAAGAUUGGCUGGGCUAUAUGCCCUUUUUCUAGUCUCUACAUUUUCGUUUUAUAAUUAAUUUACGGAGAAAUAUGCCCCGUUCGUUUUACGAGU